UUUUCUUAGGGAUGGUUAAGAGGUAAUUCACCACUUGAAAAUGGAAGCGAGGAACAGCGAUUGCUGGCCGUGUCGUCUCGGAUGGCCUCGCUGCCUCCGCUGGGACCUAAUCACCACCCAGACCUCCAGGCCUUGAACCUCGCCGCCGCUCCUCGCCGGCCGGAGAUGGCCGAAGACAAGCAAGCAUCUGUCAUCGAGGGGAAUGAUCAAGUAACUGGUCAUAUCAUCUCCACCACCAUUGGAGGCAAGAAUGGUGAACCAAAGCAGACCAUCAGUUACAUGGCAGAACGGGUUGUGGGGACUGGUUCAUUUGGUAUAGUCUUUCAGGCCAAAUGCCUGGAAACACAGGAAACGGUUGCAAUAAAGAAGGUCUUACAGGACAGAAGAUACAAAAAUCGUGAGCUACAACUGAUGCGCACAAUGGAUCAUCCUAACGUGAUAUCUCUAAAGCACUGUUUCUUCUCCACCACGAGCAGAGACGAGCUCUUUCUCAAUCUGGUUAUGGAAUAUGUCCCAGAAACCCUGUACCGAGUCCUGAGGCACUACAGCAAUGUGAACCAGAGGAUGCCACUCAUCUAUGUGAAGCUUUAUACAUAUCAGCUAUUUAGGGGCUUAGCUUAUAUUCAUACUGUUCCAGGAGUUUGCCACAGAGAUGUCAAGCCCCAAAAUGUGUUGGUGGAUCCUCUUACUCACCAAGUCAAGCUCUGCGAUUUUGGAAGUGCAAAAGUUCUGGUUAAAGGCGAAGCAAACAUAUCAUACAUCUGCUCUCGUUAUUACCGUGCUCCGGAGCUCAUUUUUGGUGCAACAGAAUAUGCAACAUCAAUUGAUAUAUGGUCAGCAGGUUGUGUUCUUGCUGAGCUACUUCUUGGCCAGCCAUUGUUUCCUGGAGAAAGUGCUGUUGAUCAACUUGUUGAGAUAAUCAAGGUUCUUGGAACUCCAACUCGGGAGGAGAUUCGGUGCAUGAAUCCUAACUACACGGAAUUUAGGUUUCCACAGAUAAAAGCACAUCCUUGGCAUAAGAUAUUCCACAAGCGAAUGCCUCCAGAAGCAAUAGAUCUUACAUCACGUCUUCUCCAAUACUCACCAAGUCUUCGUUGCACUGCAUUAGAAGCAUGUGCGCAUUCUUUCUUUGAUGAGCUACGAGAGCCUAACGCACGAUUGCCAAACGGUCGCCCUCUUCCUCCUUUGUUUAACUUCAAACACGAGUUGGCAAGUGUCUCACCGGAGCUCAUUAACAAGCUAAUUCCAGAACAUGUGAAGAGGCAAUCAGGUCUCAGUUUCUUGCACCCGGCAGGGACGUAGAAGCUUCCAUGAUCAAAAGCAAGAGGGGGAUUUAAUGGUUUUAGUGCACUGGAAAGUGUUUGGCAAGUGGAUUGUUCGCAUGAUGGCUAAACCAGCAGCAUCGCUGGUUCGUUUGGAUGGCUCUUAACAUACCGUCCAGCCUAUGUUUUAGGCUCUGUAUAUUGUAUGGUAUAAAGAUCGUUGUGACCUGAAAGCUAACUGUUGAUGCUGAUUGUUCAGAAGUGAGAUAAGCAUGGUGGAGGGGUAGAGAGCAGUCCUGGCAAUGUUGUUUGGCUUGUGUUGGACCCAUAGCAAUUGUCUUGUUUCUCAUUUUAUUUUUCAGUGAUAGUGCAUGUUAGUUGUAAGUGCAUGUGGCUUGUAGCUUGUUGUUUCAUGUACUGUACCUAAAUCCAGAGUUUUGAAGCCAUGAAGCUGGAAAUUUAAUAUCUGUAAUGCUCUAAUUAAUGGAUUUGUCCUGACUUUUUGAA